CAAGCGAAGUAAUUAGCGCGGACUCAGAUCACUGGCCCAGCGGGUGAAUUUAUGUUUUACUGCUUUCCCACUGUUACAAUUUAGUCAAACAUUUACCGUUGGAGCAUUUAGGUCAACUUGACUGAAAGCGUAGGCGAACUUAUAGCUAGCGACUCACGAAUUCCGUGGUGCGGUAAAGCUUGUGAAGUGACGAGAUUUUGUGUUUAGAGCACAGUUGAUUGCGUUCGGAGUUUUAUCAACAAUGGUCUCUUUCUACGUAUUCCUUGUUGUGCUUGCCACCGUUUCUUCUGGUUUUGGUCAAGAUAACGAUAACGAACCGUCUUGUGCUUCAGUGAAGACUGCUUACAGACAAAAAAGGUUGACAGAUAGUGAUGUGCCGCAAUGGGCUGUGAGAGGAGAUGACCUUCGCGUUUGCCCAAAAGACAACGGUAAGCAAUGCUGCUCACAGCAAAUGGAAGAUCGCUUCGCUGUCUUGGCGAGCGAUGAUUUUGACAAGGCGGUCUCGUCGAAAGUUAGCGAAUUGAAGAGACAGUUUCACCUUCAGGAGAAGGCAUUUGACGAUUAAAAGCAGACUUCAAAACAAAAAUGAAAAUGGCAGAUAAUUACUGGACUUUUCUACCAGAAAUGUUAUGUAGUGACAUAGCAGGUGACAAAGACGAGCCCUCACAGUGUUGGAAUGGUACUGGCAAAGGAAGUUACUCACACCCAGUUGAUGGAAGAAAUGCUGUUGAGGAAAACCCAACACCAUCUGUGGUAAAAGCAAUUGAGAAAUUGAAAAGCAUAGAGAAAAUGAUAGAGGAAUAUUCCAAUGCUGCAGUGUAUGGGGAUGACAUAAAUAUUAUCACCACAGAUGAUGAGGAUGAUGAGGAUGAAUCAGGAAGUGGGAGUGGUGAUGGUAGUGGUGGCAGUGCAAGUGGAUCCAAUGAAAUACCAAUUAGCACAGAUGCACCAACCCCAGACCCCAUCAAUGGCAUUGGUGACCCUGACAAUGAUGAUAUGAUUGGGGGAGGGGUUGGGGUUGGGGAAAACCCUCAAGCAGGAUCAAGGAACUCUGCUUCACAAACUGUACUUGGAGCUUGGUUCUUCUAUUCAGCUAUUUUAUUGUUGUGUUCUUCACUUGUACCAUAAUGGUAUUCAGGAAUGGGAUUCCUUUCACUGUCAAUAACACAAACAACACUUUAACAGUACAGAGUGGAUUGUCUGCACAUUGUCUUUGAAAAGAGUAUUUAGUUUUGAUACAGAUCAUCAAGACAUUUCAUCUAUGUUAUUCUGUGCAGAAAUUUCAAUUAAGCCACAAUCUCAAACUGCUUUAGAGACAAGCUAGACCAUGAAUGAAAAAGAUCAAACUUUUUAUUUGUGAAUAUGGGAAUUUAUUUUUACAAAAAGUUACUGGAAUGAAUGUAAAUUAAUUGACAUGUAAAGUUUUGACUUUGUGCAACCAUGUGGAAAAUAAGUAGUUCUUUUUUCACCUCAAAUUCCUUCUCAAAAUAUUCUUUGCUUUGUAACAGUUAUCAUAAGUUCUCGCAGAUAGUCUAGGGUAUUAAGACUUGACAGAAAUUGUACAUAAAGUCAACCUCACUUUUUCUGGCACUUUGGUGCUCAGUGAUAAUAGGAGUUAGUUGGCAAAGCUUUCAGUGUCAUCUCGAAAGGAUUUAUUAAGAUUUUGUAUCAGAAGGAGCUUUGUGCUCAGACUUUUUUUUAAAACUACCUAAUUGGACAUAGUGUGCAGAACACUGUCUAAUACUUUUUGGAGCUGUUUAGGACACUGGUGGAACUUAAAAUGUCAUUAAGUUUGCUAAGAGAGGAAUUGCUCCAAAUUUAAGUUAAGUAACUAUAACCAGAAUAUAGAAUAAGAGUAGUUUGUAAAUCUAUGUUAAAGGGACUCAGAGUUAAGUGCAAGUAAUUCUAGGACUGGCAGUGCAGUGGGGUGGAGUGGUUGGUU